GAGUUCAGGAGAACUUUUGAAAUACUCAAUAGCUCAAAUGUAAUACUGGAUUAGAUAAGUGAAUAUAAGAUUUUAAGGAUGACUUGCAACACAAGAAGUAACUUCCAAGUUGGUGUAAUUCUAAAAGGAUGCUCUCCAGUUCAGGAUUAGCUGUCUUCCUACUCUUGGCUGCAUCAAGUGCACACACUUUUGGUCAGCCCUGCUUAUGUUCAGCUGUCCUGCAUUCUGGUCUGCAUGUCAACUGCAGCUCUCUCAACCUCAUGGAGCUGCCUCACCUGCCCUCAGACACCACGGAGUUCCAUGUGCAGGACAAUCGGCUCACUUCGGUGUCUUCAGGCCUGUUUGACAAACUGGUUGGUCUUAAAAAGGUCUCCCUAUCUGGCAACCCCUUCCACUGUGACUGCAGGAUCCAAUACCUGAGGAGGUGGUUGCUGAAGAACAGGGCUAUUGUUUCUCAGGAGCCCAUCUGUGCUAGUCCAAGCUCUGUGGCUCAGAAAGCCAUCACUGAACUCAGCGAUGACUAUUUCUCUUCCUGUGCCCCGACAAGCUGCACUGGUAGAGCUUUUAACACGGUGAUGGGAGUGAUGUUAUGCUGCCUCAUUGCUCUGCUUCUGUGGAGCCUGAGACUAGCCAAAAACACCACCUUCAUUCUAUACAUAGAUGAGAAACAUUCAGGAAUAGAGGUUGACUCUUUGCACUCUUUGAAGCCCAAACACAGGAGGAGGCUGCCAAUUGACCUGUCAGAAUUCAGUGAGGACUCUGAUGAAACGCCGCUUGUGAACAUGGAUUUACUGCCACAAGUACUGGAUGUGUUGCACAAGAAGCACAAUAUAAAGAUAAAGGCUACCUGAGGGAACACUUUGACUACUACAGAUUUCACAAAAACACUACAUGUGGCAAACAGAGGUGAGGGCAGUAACAAGCCAGCACAAUGGAUUUUUUUUUUGUUUGUUUGUUUUGUGUGAUAAAGUUGUUUUUCAUGCUAAACUGCCAGAGGCCAGCAAGGUAACUGCACUUUUUUUUUCUUCCAACGCAACCUAAUUUAAUUUAUGAAAAAUCUUGUUUAUUAAGGCAUGAAAUGCACCAGAUAAAGGUAUGAUAUAUAAUCCAAUUGAAAAUUGUCUCAUAACAUCCUCUAUGUUAGCAGUUUUAGUGAAUUCUCAAUAAGAAUUGUGAAAUUUGUUGGCUUAUUUUAUUGGAAACACCUAGAUACUCAUCAGUCCUUCAAUCGGUCUAUUAGACGUACAGGACUCUUAAUUACGGCUUUCAUGAGAGGAUUUAUGUUUAAAAACACAGAGAUGGUGCACUGACUAAUUACGGUGAUCAAUAACUUGGCUACUAUUGGUAAAAUAUGGAUCAUUUAAAUAAAACACACAACAGUUCACAAAACUUUUGUAAUGAUUCCUUAUAUUUUCUUUAGUUAAGGUAUUUACAAUGAGUAAACUACUACAUAUGGUCAAAUGUAGGGCGGUAAAAGCUUUUGAUUUGCAUUGUAUCUAAAUAAAUGUCAAGUUAUCUUUUGAAUUAAAAUUUUAAAGCACAAAAAAAAAAAAGAAAUUCUAUAUCAUUAUCAACAGGUCAUGGCAGGACGA